ACAAUUUUUUUACUUAAUCAAGGUGAAAAGUAUGGAAUUUAUUUUGUGGAAAACGUGUGAAUUUAAUUGUUGUUAUAUAUUGAGCAAUUUACUCUGGCAAUCAACAAACAAACAAACAUAUUCAAACGGUCAAUCUAGUAGAGAAACUUUUAACAUUCGGUUGGAUUAAGAAUCAUUUCAACUCUUCUGACAUUUCGCAACUGUUCUGAUCUAUUUCAUAUCAUAGCUUAGCAAUGGAUUAUUCAAACACGAGCGAUGAAUAAUACCCUUUGGGUGUAACGAAAAUGCAUCUAACAGCAGCAACAACAACAACCAAACGCAAGAAAAUGGAUUCUCACAACGUAGUAACUCAAGAAACACAUAAGAGAAUUGUUUAUUUUAAUGGAGCUGCAAAACAUUUACUUGUCAAUCAUAUUUACAUUACUGCCUGACUAUUUGUUGCAUCUAUUUCGAAUGAUUGGAAUCAUGAGUUCGCCAAUACACGAACAUUAUCGGUGCGCGGCGCCAACGCGACGUUCCCAGACAACAACGGUUUCAUCAUCUUCAGUCCAGGACUCUGAAAUAACGAUGUCGCGUAUGAUGGACAAAUCAUCUUCAGAGGAGGGAUCGGGAUCGGGUUCGGUUCUAAACAACUUGCAGCCUGAGCCAUUAGUGGCAGCGAUGUACUCGCUACAAUUUGUGGCGGACGUGGUGAAUCGAGUGCAGUCGGCUCUGAAUCAAUGCUCAACAUCCAAUUGCCAAAUGCCAACAAAUUCGGCUAUGACAAGCAUUGAGUUUGCUCGGAGCACCGAGCCAUCGUUUUGCUAUUUCUUUAUUGAUAUGCAUCCCCAGUAUGACACUUUUGAUACUUGUCACGAUCCUGACGAAACAGACCUCAAAAAUAUGUCGGAUCAACAAUGUGCAAGUACUGGAAAAACACUUGCUAAGAACAUAUCCUGCAAACUGGCACGGCAACGUAGCAUUUCCGAGUGUAGCGAUGACAGCUUCAUCUGCUUCGAGGACGACACGGACCUCAAAGAUACGUCGGAUCACCGAAGUCAAGGGAUGGGGACAACACCUGCGAAAAACACACCCUGCAAGAUAACGCGACAACGCAGCAUAUCCGAGAGUAGCGAUGACAGCUUCAUCUGCUUCGAGGACGACAGCAAUCUGCCUGAUGAUUGCAUUAAUUUCGAUGACCAAGCUGAUUUUAACUCCACGGACAACACGGAUGAUUGUAAAUUCGACAACCAAGAGCAGGAUGCAGAUCAAGAAUUUACAAAGAAGGUGCGCUUCAAUCUAAAACCAAAAGUUCAUGUCAUGCACACGUGGGAUUUUGCUUAUCGCGCCGCUCGCAAGGGCGCCUGGCAGGAGAUCGCACGGGACAGGGAUCGAUUUCAACAACGCAUCAAACGCGUGGCCCCAACGAUAGACAUUGUGCUGAACUCCAACCAUAGAGAAAAAGUUUAUAGAGAUCGAUUUCUAGAUGUAAAUUAGUCGUAGUAAUUGUUCACUUACAUUAAUAAAUUCUUGUAAAUAACUU